GUGGGCGGAUAGCGCGAUAGCACUUUGCGACUCCCAAAAAAAGGCGGCCCGCCGUAAUUGUCAGUCACCAAACCUGUCGUCAUUCUCUCCCACCCGCCCACCGCGAACAGCAAGCCGGCAGCACCACCCCUCAGACAUGUCUUUUGCGCGGUCCAGUCGAUCACUGGUCUGCCUCGGCUGCCAAUGGCGGACAUUCAUGUCCUCCACCAGGCUCUUGGCCGAGCCCGCCAGGAAGUCCGCCGCUGGCGCCGCUGCAGCACCAGCAGCCACCCGCACGGCCGGCAACAUCACGACAGAGAGAUCGGCCAGCGCGACAACGGACAAGCCGCCGAAAACCACACCAGACAGCGCCGCCGCCGCCGCCGCCGCAGCGCCCGGGACUUCCUCAUUACAACGCCCGCCACGGCCCAUCGCCCCCGCCACGUUUGAAGACGCGCCGCGAUCGUACGGAAAGCGAGUCGAGACUUUCGAGCCCAAGCCCUUGCCCCGGCCGAUCGGCUUGCCCUACCCGCCGGUGCCGGGCGAGAACACGGGCAUCGACAACCGGUCCCUCAAGGAGCGCCGCGACGACUUUGUCGACUACGACAAGCAUCUGCAGCGGCGGCAGGAACUGAAGAGCAAAAUGGCCCGCCCUUACUUCCGCGACUGGGGCAACCUGCAGUUCAGCAAGGGCAAGACCUUCAUCGCCCCGCCCCGCCCGUUCCGCGCCGACGUGUCGCUCUUCUUCCCCAACCUGUACGGCGAGACCCUGCUCAAGACGGACCGCCGGCCGCGCGACACCACCCCUUGCCUAGAGGGCAAGGUCUCGGUCGUGAGCGUGUACAGCGGCGUCUGGGGCGAGACGCAGGCCCGGUCGUUCACGGGUGCCAAGGAGAACCCGGCGCUGGCCAAGAUCCUCCUCGCGGAGAACAGCAGCAACAAAAGUAAUGCUGCCGCGGCCGCCGGUGGUAGCGAUAGCGGUAGUGGUGGUAGUAAUACCCUGCAGCUCGUCAACAUCAACAUCGAGGAGGACACGCUCAAGUACUGGCUCAUCCGGCUCUUCAUGUCCGGCCUGCGCUCCCGCAUCCCGCAGGCAGACUGGGACAAGUACUUUGUCGUGCGGAGAGGGAUCACCGACGAGAUCCGCGAGAGCCUGGGCCUGCUCAACAGCAAGGUCGGCUACGUGUACCUCGUGGACCGCGAGUGCCGGAUCCGCUGGGCGGGCAGCGCCGACGCCGAGGAGCACGAGCGCGAGGGCCUGGCCAGGAGCGUGCAGCGGCUACUGGAGGAGGCGGGCAAGGCAUAAUCGUCGUCGUCG